AUGCCCAGGAGGAAGCAGGAGCAGCCCAAGCGCCUUCCCUCACAUGUUAGUAGGCAGGACGAGGCGGAGGGAGAACUCAGUGAAGGAGAACACUGGUAUGGGAACUCUUCGGAGACGCCGUCGGAAGCCUCCUAUGGAGAAGUCCAGGAGAACUAUAAGCUGUGCCUGGAGGACCGGAUCCAAGAGCAGUCCACGUCCCCCGACACCUCCUUGGGGAGCGCGACCCCCAGCAGCCACACGUUGGAGCUGGUGGCACUCGACGGGGAGGUCCUGCGAGACCCACUGCAGUGCGCGGAUCACCUCUCCCCCGGCGUGUCUUCUCUGUGUGACGAGGACCACCCGGGCUCCGCCAAGCCCUUGAGCAGCAACUUGAGGCGGCUGCUGGAAGCCGGCUCGCUCAAACUGGACGCCGCGGCCACGGCCAACGGCAGGGUGGAGUCCCCCGUCAACGCGGGCUCCAAUCUCUCCUUUUCCCCGCCGUCCCACCACGCCCAGCAGCUCAGCGUGCUGGCCAGGAAGCUGGCCGAGAAGCAGGAACAGAAUGACCAAUACCCUCCAAGUAACCGUUUCCUAUGGAAUCAAGGUAAGUGGUUGCCAAACUCAACCACCACCUGCGGCUUGUCCCCGGAUUCCGCCAUCCUCAAACUGAAAGCUGCAGCCAAUGCCGUCCUGCAGGACAAAUCGCUGACCAGGACGGAGGAGACCGUGCGAUUUGAGUCCUUUCCCUCCCCUUUCAGCUCCCAGUCUGCCAGCUCCACCUUGGCAGCUUUAUCCAAGAAAGUCAGCGAGAGAAGCUUGACUCCUGGCCAGGAGCACCCGCCCCCGGCCAGCUCUUUCCUUUCCCUGGCUUCCAUGACCUCCUCGGCGGCCCUUCUGAAAGAGGUCGCCGCGAGGGCUGCCGGGACCCUGCUGGCUGAGAAAUCAUCACUGGUGCCUGAGGACCCUCUGCCGCCGCCGCCUUCGGAGAAGAAGCAAGAGAAAGUAACCCCGCCGCCGCCGCCGCCGCCUCCACCGCCGCCGCCGCCGCCACAGUCCUUGGAAUUACUGUUGCUCCCCGUUCCCAAGGGAAGAGUCUCUAAGCCCUCCAACGCAGCCUCAGAAGAGGAAAGCGGCAAGCCUUUCCAGUGUCCCAUAUGUGGUCUGGUUAUAAAAAGGAAGAGUUACUGGAAGCGGCACAUGGUGAUUCACACAGGUUUAAAAAGUCAUCAGUGUCCGCUCUGUCCAUUCCGAUGUGCUCGCAAGGACAAUCUCAAAUCCCACAUGAAGGUUCAUCAGCACCAGGACCGGGGAGAGACCUUUCAGUGCCAGCUCUGCCCGUUCACUUCCUCCCGCCACUUCAGCCUGAAGCUCCACAUGCGUUGCCAUCAGCACUUCCUGAGGACAGAAGCCAAGGUGAAGGAGGAGCUCCCAGACCCCGAGGUCAAGGGGCCUCCCCACCUCAGUGACAGUUCCUGCCUGGGGCAGCAAAGGGAAGGAGGAGGGACAGAGCUAGUGGGGACCAUGAUGAAGUCCAGCACUCCAGAGAGGACUAGCCAGGGUGGGGCUGGCGUCUCGCCUUUGCUGGUGAAGGAGGAGCCCAAGGAAGAUAACGGCCUGCCAACCUCCUUUCCUCUGAAUGCUACCGACAGGCCAGCCAACCACACAAAGCUGAGAGAGCCCUCCGAGUUCGCGGCCAACAGUGCGUCCGCAUUGUUCAGCCAGGACAUCUCUGUUAAGAUGGCGUCCGAUUUUCUCAUGAAGUUGUCAGCUGCAAAUCAGAAGGAGCCCAUGAAUCUCAAUUUUAAAGUGAAAGAGGAGCCUAAGGAAGAGGAGGCCCUAAGCGUCUCAUUGCCUCGGCCCAGCUACGUGUUCAGCCCCGAGUCUGAAGUGUCAGCCCCAAGCAUCUCUGAGGACACGCUUAAGCCCCAGGAAGCAAAGGGCAACGUACUGAGACGGGAUAUGUCAGUCAAAGCAGCGUCUGAACUUCUCAUGAAACUAUCAGCGGAAAGCUACAAGGACACUCAGAUGGUGAAGAUUAAAGAGGAACCUAUGGAGGUUGACAUCCCGGACUCGCAGGUCUCCAUCUCACCCAGCUGCAACGUUGGCUACAGCACUUUAAUCGGGCGAGAGAAAACGGAACCCUUGCAGAAGCUGCCAGAAGGCAGAGUGCCCCCGGAGAGAAACCUAUUCAGUCAGGACAUCUCCGUGAAGAUGGCUUCCGAGCUGCUUUUUCAACUGUCAGAGAAGGUGAGCAAAGAGCACACUCAGAAAGAAAACACCCUCCGGACGACCACCAGCCCUUUCUUUUCAGAAGAUACCUUUAGACAAUCACCAUUCACCUCCAAUUCAAAAGACCUGCUGUCCAGUGAAUCUGUGCUUCACGGAAGAAUAUCAGCUCCAGAAACAGAAAAGAUAGUCCUCGAGGCAGGAAAUGGGUUGCCCUCCUGGAAGUUCAACGACCAGCUCUUCCCCUGCGACGUGUGUGGGAAAGUGUUUGGCCGACAGCAGACGUUGUCCCGACACCUGUCUCUGCACACAGAGGAGAGAAAAUACAAAUGCCACUUGUGUCCCUAUGCUGCUAAGUGCCGCGCAAACCUGAACCAGCACCUGACCGUCCACUCGGUGAAGCUGGUGAGCACGGACGCCGAGGACAUCGUCAGCGCCGUCACCUCCGAAGGCAGUGAUGGGAAGAAGCACCCUUACUAUUACAGCUGUCACGUGUGUGGAUUUGAGACGGAGCUCAACGUCCAGUUCGUCAGCCACAUGUCGCUCCACGUGGACAAGGAGCAGUGGAUGUUCUCCAUCUGCUGCACGGCCUGCGACUUCGUCACCAUGGAGGAGGCGGAGAUAAAGGCGCACAUCAGCAGCAAGCACACAGGGGAAGACAGGAAGACCCCCAGUGAAUCAAAUAGCCCUUCUUCCUCAUCCCUCUCAGCUCUGAGUGAUUCAGCCAACAGCAAGGACGAUUCAGACAGCUCUCAGAAGAACAAGAGUGGGAACAACCUGCUGGUCAUCUCUGUCAUGCCUGGGAGCCAGCCCUCCCUGAAUAGUGAAGAAAAGCCAGAGAAAGGGUUCGAAUGCGUGUUUUGCAACUUUGUCUGCAAGACGAAGAACAUGUUUGAGCGCCACCUGCAGAUCCACCUCAUCACCCGGAUGUUUGAGUGCGACGUGUGCCACAAGUUCAUGAAGACCCCCGAACAGCUGCUGGAGCAUAAGAAAUGCCACACUGUCCCCACCGGUGGGCUGAAGUGCCCAUUCUGCAUUUAUUCCACCAACCGCCCUGCCGCCAUGGAGUGCCACGUGAAGACCCACUACAAGAUGGAGUACAAGUGCCGGAUCUGCCAGACGGUGAAGGCCAACCAGCUGGAGCUGGAGACGCACACCCGCGCGCAUCGCCUGGGCAACCACUACAAGUGCGACCAGUGCGGCUACCUGUCCAAGACCGCCAACAAGCUCAUCGAGCACGUGCGCGUGCACACCGGGGAGCGGCCCUUCCACUGUGACCAGUGCAGCUACAGCUGCAAACGCAAGGACAAUCUCAACCUGCACAAGAAGCUGAAGCACGCCCCGCGCCAGACCUUCAGCUGCGAAGAGUGCCUGUUCAAGACCACUCAUCCCUUCGUCUUCAGCCGCCACGUCAAGAAGCAUCAGAGCGCGGACAGCCCCGAGGAGGACAAGAAGGGCCCGGCCCCAGCCUCCCAGGAAGCCGGCGGGCCGGGGGCCCCGCUGCUGGUGGUCGGGAGCGCCCGCCACCUGCUGUCUCCGCUGUCGGUCAUGUCCGCCUCGCAGGCCCUGCAGACCGUGGCCCUGUCGGCCGCCCACGGCGGAGGUGGCGGCGGUGGCUCCGAGUCCAACCUGGCACUCAAGGCCAUGCCCUUGAACGGCUCCCCCCUGCGCUUUGACAAGUACCGGAACUCGGAUUUCGCCCAUCUCAUUCCCUUGACGAUGUUAUACCCUAAGAACCAGUUGGAUCUCACAUUCCACCCUCCCCGACCUCAGACUGCGCCGCCCAGCAUCCCUUCGCCCAAACACUCCUUCCUCGCCUAUCUGGGACUGAGAGAGCGAGCCGAGACUGUCUGA